AUGGCAGGUGUUGAUAAUGAAGUUCUUAUUAUUGAGAAUAAUGACGAGGCUUCUGUUUGGACUCAAAAGCAUGAAGAAAUUUUCAUUGAACUUAUGGAAGAAGAAGUCUUAAAGGGAAAUAAGAAUACCACAACCUUUACAAAGCAAUCAUGGAAAUAUAUAAAGGAAGAGCUUUGUGCACGAGCAAAAACAAAUUAUAGUGAUAUGCAACUAAGGAACAGAUACAAUCAAUUAAAGCAAAAGCAUAAGUAUUUUAAGUCUUUACUGAAAGAGACUGGUAUGGGAUACAAUGCAAUGACUGGAGAAGUUAGUGUGACAGAUGAAGUUUGGGAUAAACUUAUUCGGGUUAACAAGUCUGCUAAAAGAUUUAGAAAGAAAUGUUGUAAGUUUUAUGAGAAAUUAUGCACUAUCUUUGAUGAUACUACUGCAACGGGUUCCAAUGCUCAUCCUUCCACUCGAAGUCCUUCUAAUGAUGGAGAUAAUAAUGAUGAUGAUGCAACGUCGAUAAGUCCUUCUACUAGGAAUGAAGAAAGUGGUUUUGAUGAGGAUGAUGCACUGGCAACAUAUAAUGAAACUGCAAAGCGAAAGACAGAAUUGAUAGAGAGAUCAAUGACAACAUUUGCAACACAUUACUUAUUGGAUGAGAGUGUUGAAGUUCUUAAUCAAAUUGAUGGAAUUAGUGGAGAAGUAUAUGCAAAAGAUAUUGAGAAGUUUGAGAAUGAGGUGUCCAAAGCAUUGUUUCUGAAGAUGCCAGAGCAUAGAAGAAUAGAUUGGUUGCUGAAUUUGAAGUGA